AUGGUGGCCAGUCAGUGUGUGGCCAUGGGCAAUGGUUCUAUAAAAGCCCCGAGGGCUGAAGAGAACAACUGCCUAGCCUCAAUCCGUAAAGACCCUGCUGGUCUGAAUAAAGAUGUCUUCAGGUUGCGGAUUGCCAACCUCGAAGCGGAGCUGGCACGUCGGGAACAAGAGUUUCGAGCUCAGGAGCUUCAGUUACAGCAUCUUCAGCAGGAACUGGAGGCCAAGGUCUCUCAGAUUGAUAAGCUCCAGGAUGCUAUUGGAUACAACAAUAUCCUGGGACGCUCUCCACCACUUCAAUUACCCCAGAGCCACCGCUGCUUCAGUGCAAUCAACCAGGGUCCCAGCCGCUUCCAUAGGGUGGCUGUGGAAGUCCACCGUAGGCUUAAAGCAAAAGAGGGUGUCUCUGCUGAACCCACAUCAAAGCAGUUCUGUGGAGGCCUGAGAGCAGAACACGGCUUUAUUGUAAGGGCUGUCCACAAAAACUCAAUCACCAAAAAGCUGAUCAACAAAGCUAUCAUAAACAAUGACUUUCUGAAGAAUCUGGAUCCACAGCACAUGAGGGAGAUGGUGGACUGUAUGUAUGAGAAGGUUUACACUGAGGGGCAGCUGGUCAUCCAGGAGGGUGAACCUGGAAACUACCUCUACGUAUUGGCAGAUGGCAUUCUGGAGGUCAUCCAGAGUGGAAAGCUGCUGGGUGAGAUGCGUCCUGGUACCGCGUUCGGAGAACUCGCCAUAUUGUACAACUGUAAGAGAACAGCCACUGUUCAAGCUGUGUCCCAGUCUCACAUCUGGGCACUGGACCGCCAGACCUUCCAGACCAUCAUGAUGCAGACCACGCAGGCCCGACAUGAGGAAUACUUCAAUUUCCUGCGCAGUGUGUCUCUGCUCCGUGACCUGCCGGAGGAGAAACUGGCCAAGAUUGUUGAUUGUCUUGAAAUAGACUAUUUUGAAAAAGGGGAGUAUAUUAUUCGAGAGGGUGAAGAGGGGAACACUUUCUUUAUUAUUGCAAAAGGAGAGGUCAUAGUCACUCAAAGCACAGAGGGGUUUGCUGAACCACAAGAAAUCAAGAUACUUGGAGUCGGAGACUACUUUGGAGAGAAAGCUCUCAUCAGUGAGGAUGUUCGCUCAGCUAACAUUGUUUGCAAUGAGAGGGACACACAUUGCCUGGUGGUGGACAGAGACAAUUUCAACCAAAUGGUGGGAACGUACGAUGAGCUUCAGUCUUACCUGAAGGAAUAUGUGGAAGAGCUUUCCAGGAGUGAUGAGAAAAGAAAUGCCCUGCCCUACUCCCCUCAGAUCGACUCUGCAGAGGCUCUGGAGCUGAUGAGGCUGACAGAGAAGAUCGCCCUCCUGCCCCCACACCUGCCUUUCCAGGAGCUCGAGGUCAUAGCUACACUUGGCACGGGAGGAUUUGGACGAGUGGAGCUGGUGAAGCUGAAGGACGAGGACACCACCUUUGCUCUGAAGUGCAUUAAGAAGAUGCACAUUGUGGACACCAGACAGCAGGAGCACAUCUACUCUGAGAAAAAUAUCCUGCAGCAAAUCAGCUCAGGGUUUAUCAUAAGGUUAUUCCGAACAUUUCGGGAUGAUAAGUUUGUCUACAUGCUGCUGGAGGUGUGCCUGGGCGGAGAGCUGUGGACUGUGCUGCGGGACAUGAACUAUUUUGAUGAAACCAAAGCCAGGUUCUGCACUGGUUGUGUCUCAGAGGCUUUUGAUUACCUCCACACUUUGGGCAUUAUCUACAGAGACCUGAAACCUGAAAACCUUCUACUGGAUAAUGAGGGUUAUGUCAAAAUGGCAGACUUCGGCUUUGCUAAAAAGAUUGGACUUGGCAAGAAGACCUGGACCUUCUGUGGGACUCCAGAGUACGUGGCCCCUGAGGUCAUCAUGAACAAAGGCCAUGACUUUGGUGCAGAUUGCUGGUCUUUGGGAAUCCUCAUAUUUGAACUUCUCACCGGCAACCCACCAUUUGCUGGCUCAGACCCCAUAAAGAUUUACACCAUGGUCCUCCAUGGCAUUGAGAAGGUGGACUUCCCAAAGAGAAUAGGCAAGCGUCCAGACGACCUCAUCAGGAGACUCUGCAGGUUAAACCCAGUGGAGAGGCUUGGGAACAAAAAAAACGGCAUCAUUGACAUAAAGAAACACAAGUGGUUCCGGGGCUUCAACUGGGAGGGGUUGAGGCGCCGCAAGCUGCCGUCUCCCCUGAGGAGAGAGGUAAAGGGGCCGAUGGAUCACAGUCACUUUGACAUGUUUCCUCCUGACACAGAGGAGGCUCCUGAUGAGCUGUCCGGCUGGGACAAAGACUUCUGA